GGGACAAAGGCGGAUCGAGGCUGAGCGGACGGAUCCACGCGGUCGACCAGCCUGAAUUCGCAGCCCCCGCCUGUGGGAUCAUCGCCCCCGGAACGCGCCGAGCAGGAGCGGAGCAUGGAGAGCAGGGAGGACAAAUGCCCGCGGCAGGAGCUGGUGGAAGAGGCCGUUUUGAGCGGCUCCACGGCGCAGGAAGGCAACGGGGAGGAAAAGGCGCGGAGAUGCCGCUCGAGGAGGGGCUGCAAACGCAGCCGGCGGGGAUGUGAGGAGGAAAGAGCCGGCCUGGGCCGGGAAGGCGGCCGGAGACGGAGGCAGAGCUCGGAGCUGGUGCUCCGUGAGCAGCUCCGUGAUGGGGAGAAGCCCCACACGUGCGGGGAGUGUGGGAAGAGCUUCAGGUGGAACUCUGUACUAAUCAAGCACCAGAGGAUUCACACUGGGGAGAGGCCCUUUGAGUGUGGGGAGUGUGGGAAGAGCUUCACAGAGAGCUCCAGCCUGAUCGUGCACCAGAGGAUCCACACUGGGGAAAGGCCUUUCGAGUGUUCCGUGUGUGGGAUGCGCUUCACCCAGAGCUCCGCACGGAACAUGCACCAGAGGAGCCACACAGGGGAGAGGCCCUUCGAGUGUGACAAAUGCAGGAAGAGGUUUCAGACCCGCGCCGAUCUCUUCCGCCACUUUCAGACUCACACAGAGGAGAGACCCUUCCAGUGCCCUGACUGUGGGAAGGGAUUCCGGAAGAACUCCACCCUCAUCGCCCACCAGCGUAUCCACACAGGGGAGAGGCCCUACGAGUGUGAUAAAUGCAGGAAGAGGUUUCGGACCAGCGGCCUUCUCCUCCAGCACUAUCGGAUUCAUACAGAGGAGAGGCCCUUCCAGUGCCCUGAGUGUGGGAAGGGAUUUAAGCACAACUCCACCCUCAUCAAACACCGGCGCAUCCACACUGGGGAGAGGCCCUACGAGUGUCCCCAGUGUGGGAAGAGCUUCUCACGGAAGUCUCACUUGACCCAACACAAACGUAGACACCAGUAAGGGAAGCCCUGUGAGUGCCCCGAGUGCGGGCAGAGCUUCGUGCGCUGCUCCAGCUCCAUCCCCCACUGGAGGAGGCACUGUGGGCACAGCCCUGGUCACUCACAUUCCCUGUGAUCCGUGCUGGGAACAGACAAGGAGGCUUCAAAUUUUGGUUUGGCCUUAAUAUUUCUCCCUUCUCCAUCUCUUUGCACUCCAAAAUCCACGAGGGAUGGAUCUGUCACCUCAAAACCACUCAAAUCCCACUGAAAACAGAUCAAUCUUAUCCCAAAACUGCUUAAUUGCAACUCAAAAAAGUCAAUGUCAUAGAAAACUCACUCAAUUCCUCCACCACCUGAGUAAGACUGGGCUGGAAGGAGACUGGGAGAAGCGUGACCUCACUUACGGUGGUGGGAUGGGGAUUAUCUUGGGCUGGGUGUGUGGGAUGUAUUUGAUACGAAAUAAAACUUUCAGACUUA